AUGACUCCAAGUUCGAUUGAGAAUCAAAAACCACAAAGACAAAGAAAGAGAGUUCCAAUCUCAUGUUUGAACUGUAAGAAGAGAAAGGUCAAGUGUGAUAAGGUCAAGCCAGCUUGUGGAGGAUGUGUUCGUAAUGGUGUUGCUCAUCUCUGUGAAUAUUUAGAUCCUCACUGGACUCAAUCUGAAUCAUCAAAUGGGUUCAAAGAAGGUUCCUCCGAACCCGCUAAAGCUGAAGUUGUACCAAUAGAAACCACUGAAACUUAUAAACAAUUGAAAUUACAAAAUGAAAAGGUUAUUAACACUCAAAGGAAAGAAAUAGAAGAUUUGAAACGACAAUUAUCAGUAGUUCAACAGUUUUCUCCCAAGAAUCAUGAUUCUAUACCCCAUAAUGAAUGUACUGCAAUAACGAUUCUCGGGAAACUAAGUACUUCCACCAUCAAGAAUAGAGAUUAUUUAGAAGUUAUUAAUGAUCCAACUUUCUUAGUCAUACCCAAGAAAUCAACCUCCAAUAAUUAUGUCGAUACUUAUUCAUGGAUUAAUUUGAUUAAACUUGAUCCGCAGUUAACGGCAUUAUGGUUCAAGAUUACCAAUUUACAAAAAAUUUAUCAUGUUUAUAAAAUGAACUUAUUAAAAGCAAACAGUCCAUCAAAUGUCAAUCAAAACAAUAAUAAUAAUAAUAACAAUAAUAAUAACUCAUUAACAAACAAAUCAGUUACCACCAAUCCUUUAUCCAAGAAAUCACCUUAUAGAAUCAAUGAGAUUGAUUUUACCUUUUCUGCUGGUAGCCCGUUUAAAGUUGAUGACCAAAGAUGUCCUGUUAUCGAAUGUGAUUUCAAUUUCAUGACGGAAGAUACUAUAACUCCAAGUCCACAUGGAAGUAAUUCCCCUUAUGCUAUCGUAAAAUCAAUAGAUAAACCUAAAUUCAGUAAAUCAGAAGAAGAUCAAAUGGCUGAACAUGAGAUUAUAUCUGAGAAAGGUAAGAGUUUACUCAUCAGAUUACAAAACAUCUGGGAUUCAACCCUUAAUUUGGUAAGAGGGAAUGAAAAGCUUAACUAUAAGCAAUUAUACUUUUUAAUAGACUUUUAUUUCAAUAAUCAAUCGUAUGAUAUUGAGUCUCGAGAUUUAUUAAGUUUUUAUAAGGUUGAAAUCCAAAGUACGAUAAAGAAAAGUGGGAAUGAAAUAGCAUUGAAUCUUAGUAAUGGUGGUGGAGGUCAAAAAACCGAUGCUGAGUUAUAUGUUGGAUUAAAAAUGAAAGGUGUGUAUCUAAGCAUGCUUGCAUUGAUCAUAGAAGAAUCAUUAGAAAUAUUAAGACUGAAUGUAAAACUCAAUUUAAGUGAUGAUAUUAGUAUGAAGUUUAAUAAUUUAUUUCCUGCUGAAAUCAUUUAUAUCGGAGUUGGAUCAAGACUGGCAAAUAUGGUGUUUAUUGUUCAAGAGUUUGUAGUUAAUUUAUUAAGUCCUAAAGCUUCUGAUGAAGUUGCAGUACCAUCUUUGGGAAUAAUAGCAUGUACAAUCACAGUAUUGAAUAGAGAAAUUUCAGAAUAUAAAAAAUAUGGAGCUUCAAGCGAUCCAAAAUCAGGAUUUUCAAGUUUAUUCACUUCCUUGUUAAAAUUAUUAUUGGACGAUGAAUCAAUGAUAGAAUUGUGGAAAGAUCCGGAGCUUAUUGCUUUUAGAGAUGAUGAAUCAAGGAGAAAGAGUAAAGAUUUGAAAAUCCAUUUAUGUUACUUAUGGUCUGAUUUAGUGAGAAUUGCUAAUUUAUCAGCUUUCAAUUUUGUCCCCUUAAUAAAACAUUCUGAAAGAUUAGAUAAAUCACUUAAGUUGCUCUAUGAAAAGAUAGAAGAAGCCGAUCUGGUUAUGCAUCAUCUUAAGUAUAUCACUAGUUUAAAUUCUGAAAAGUAUGAUGAAUUAACCAUAAGUCUUCAUGUUCAUUAUUUGAUAGCAAGAGUUUCUUCAGCUUUAUGUCAUGGAAUUUCAAAAGUGGGUGAUCCAAAAUUAACAAUUUCAAACCUAGAUGCUUUAAUCAGACAAUGUAGUACUUGGUUAGUUGAUUUAGGGUUGAGAAAAUUAAGGUACAUUAGACGCUUUGAAGUAGAUUUAAUACUUAACUAUCUUCGAUACUUCAUGAAAUACAUCAUCCUCCUUCAAGCUGAAGAAACAAUGGAUCACGAAAUGGUUAAUACUUUAAUCCCUGAUAUCUUUAUAAAAUAUCUUCAAUAUGUGGAUCAUAUAAGAAAGAUAUUACUUCUGGAAUCAGAUUCAAUCAAUACUCAAUAUGUCUUGCUGGCCAUCACUGAAGUCAUUACAAGAUUAAUCCAAUUUGUUAUUAGUUUUUUAAUUCGUCUUAGAAAUGAUGAUAAUGUUAUAUCACAGGAGACUAUUCUUAGAAUUGCUGUAUUAAAAGCACCUGCAUCGAUCAAUACCAAAGUUAUAUCUGACUACGGAGUUGGAUUGAAUGAUCUUAUCAACACUCAUAUUGUUGAUGUGGUUGAUGAUACGGUUGCUUUAUUAUUCAAGGGUCCACUCUUAGAUAAAGAGAAAGCAUCGAAACUUUCUAAAUUAUGGAAAUUCUAUUUGAGCUUUGUGACAAAUUCCCAGAAAAUGGGUUCGAUUAACUAUGCCCAAAUCCAUGCCAAUGUUCCUUUAUUCAAAGGGUUGCAGAAUGAUGCAAAAUCUUGUCCUGUUAUAAAGAAUGAUCAUCAUAUCAUAUCAUCCGAAGUUGAUGGAUACCCUAGAUGUCCAAUAUCACAUAUAACUACUCCAAUGGAAGAUUCUCCUACCCCUGCUUUGAAAUAUCCAAGUAUCAAUAGCGAUUCAUCGAUUUCUCCCAAACAAGAAAUAAAAAAAAGAAGAUGUCCAUUUGAUCAUACGACAAUGGGUGGAAAGAGUUCAUUAGCUCCAAAUUACAAUCCAAUGGAGAGUAAUAUUAGAGGUGAAAGUGUAAGAAAGAGACCAGCUCUUGCACAUAAGCUUAGUGACAGCUUCACCCAAAGUUUAACAGCCUCGCCAGUACCCCAGAUAAAGAGAGAACUAUCUGUAAUGCCACCACCACAAAUGCCAAUGUCAAUACCUAUGCCGUUUGAUACCCAAGUUUUCACUGAUUUUGAUCUCGAUUUUCUUCAAAAUGAAAAUUUGUUAGAACAGAUCAAUUUCCCUCCUGGUGCUGAACUUGAUCAUAUUGAAGGAUUCUUUCAAUAG